GUCCUUCUCAGUCCUCAGUCGGUAUCCAGGAGCAUAGCAGUGUGCGUGGCUCACGUGACGUGACGUGACGUGACGUGGUUCGGACAUCGGAAAACGUGUUACAGUUCCGAAAACUGUUACUUGCCGAAAACUGGUUUUGGACGAGGGAAACUGUGGUGAUUUUGGUUUGGAAAAUUGUGUAAACGUGCGAAUUUCAGCUGUGUGACUUUUCAUUGAAGUGACAGUUCUUCAGCUGCGGAGGCUGUGACAUUUGAAAAUAUUAUAAAUUAAUGGAUUUUCUCUGAAUUGGAGUUUCCAAUGAUAUUUUCGUGUCUAUGGACAAGCGAUCAUCUUCAACUCAUUCAACAGUAUAAUUGAGAUGUUUUUGUAAUACAUUGAGUUUAAAAAGAGUUUUCACCACUUUUCAAUGAAGUAGAUCCAAGAGCGGUCUUCAGUGCAGGAAUGUUUUCUCUGAUGACAAUUUGGGAUUCACGGGAUAAUAAUUGAUAGUUUAGUUUUCAUAGGUUUCGACAUAAGGGGUCCUGGCUGACAGUAGUAAAACGUGCCACAAAUAGGAAAGUGAAUGAGGAAAUCAUUCUUCAACCUGUGAAAAUCUUUUUGAAAAUUUUGUUUGAACUUCUCUUAAAUCCAUUUUAAAAACUUUAACGUAUUCCAAACUAUUAGGGUCGUGAAGAAUUCAGUAGCCAGUGUUCGAAAGGUACGUACGUAUAUUGGAAUUGUGAAUGUAUUCAAGUGGACAGUGAAGAGCUCACAACCAUAAGAAACGUAAAGCAACAGAUUGGUUUAGAUUUGUAACUACUUGAAAGUGUUUUAUAGCAAAAUAAUUUGUAAAGUAGGAAGUAGUUAAUUACAUAAAAAGUGUAAAAAAAUUGAUUUGGAAGAGUUGAGAAGCUAUUCCAAACGUGUAAAAGCAAAAACCCUGUAAGACUGUUAGUGAAGUUGAAAAUCUAAAACCCUCAUUUGUUUGAAUCAUAUUAAUUCAUAUUGGACGUGAAGUAGGCCGAUGUAUCUUGAAGGAAGAGAGCGUGGCAUGCUUUAGCGUGAGCGUGCAGUGGCCGGUGGGAGGCCUCAAUGCAUCUGCCGGGGAUCAUGACGUCGGAUCCGUGCGGCAAGAAGCGUCGCCGCUGCGUGGAGGCGGCGGGCGGGGAGACGGGGGCGGCGCCUGGAGGCGGCAGUGACGAGUUGUGGUGGACGGAGCGAGUUCUGUGCGAGGCCCAAGCGGAACACCCGGGGGAGUUGGUCCGCACCGGAAGUCCGGGCUUCCUGUGUUCGUCGCUGCCUACGCACUGGCGCUCCAACAAGACGCUACCCGUCGCCUUCAAGGUGGUCGCCCUGGGUGACGUCAUGGACGGCACGGUCGUCACCAUCCGCGCCGGCAACGACGAGAACUUCUGCGCCGAACUUCGCAACUGCACCGCCGUCAUGAAGAAUCAGGUGGCCAAGUUCAACGACCUGCGAUUCGUCGGCAGGAGCGGCAGAGGGAAGAGCUUCACAAUAACGAUAACGGUCGCCUCGUGUCCACCUCAAAUUGCAACUUACAAUAAAGCAAUAAAAGUCACCGUCGACGGACCAAGAGAGCCUCGUUCUAAAACAACGUCGGAUGUUGCAGGGCAGGCACACCAGUUUCGAGCGAUCGGGCUCGGCCAGCGACCCUUCCUCGACUCGUCGACGUUCUCGUGUCAUCUGCGGGAGCUCGGCACCUAUCGGCGCAACAAGGAGCACGCUGCCUCCUCCUCCCCGGAGCCACCCUCCCACGCUCAGUACAAGAUGCCAGGACCUUCCACGCCUGUUAACGAUUCGAACAGCCUGGGCCUGACGAUGGAGCAGGGCAGCUGGGGCAGUUACAACAACGCCUACUCGCCGGGGCCGGGGCCAGGCCCCACCGCCAACUCUGCCGCCCCCGUGCCCUACUCCUAUCCGCCCCCCGCCAACUCAGACCUCGAUCCCAACAUCACUGCUCAUCUACCCACAGUUGCAGAUCACACUUCGUUGGGUGGUGAUUACUCGAGCAUGUACAAGCCGAGCUGCAGUCCGGCCGAGCAGAUGGAAGUGAGCAACAUGGCGGUGAUGCAGUCACACCAUCACCAGGCAGCGCCAUCGGGAGGCGGCGGAAUGGCCUACGACUCCUACCAGUCGGGGGCGGCAGCCAACAACUACUGGGCACCGCCACCUCCAGCCGCCUCCGCCAACAUGCACCACGGCUACCACAACUACUACCCGAGCAACCCGGUCGCCGCCCCCGCACCUGUACAGAACGCCUACCUCAACGCACCGCCCCCGGCCCCCGCGCCACCACCCAUGGUGCUCUACCCGUCGCUGUACUCCACCGUCAACCAGAACCAGAUCCACCUUCAUCUGCACUCCAACGACCUCAAGCCGAGUGACCCCUACACCGAUGACGUCACCGCCAUUGUCGCCUCUAACAACGUCACCAUCAGCUCGGCCGGCGGAUCCCGGCAGAUCGAGAUCGGCAUCCGUCACAACCAGCUCACCGACGACCAACUCAUAUCCAGGUACAACGAGCGCCAGCACGGCGACCCCUCUGUUUGGAGACCCUACUGAGGUGUCGCUAGAACUCAACUUGGCGCUUCAUAAUCGACGGUUAUUUGUACGGCUUACCGAAUGCCAUCAACAAUCUCACCAAUGGUAGGAUUGAUUCCAUUGUUAAAUAUCAAAAAUACUAUGUGAUACCGGAAUCUUGAAUUAGCCAACCAGCUAUCCAUUGUUAAAUAUCAAAAAUACCUGUGUGAUACCAGAAUCUUGAUUUAGCUAAUCAGCUAUCCAUUGUUAAAUAUCAAAAAUACUUGUGUGAUACUGGAAUCGUGAAUUAGCUAAUCAUAAUUAGGCCUAUAGAGGUGAUCUUUGCUAAUCAGCAAAGAGGUGAUCCCGUUUUCCGUUUUCAGCUUGGUGCAACCCUGCUUCUGUCAUUAUUUUGUUAAUUUCACGUCAAUAUUGUCUUUGAUUGGCGAAAUUAUGAAAUAAUAUAUAUAGUGAUGUAGAUUAGGGGAAAAUUGUUCCUUUCCCUGUAUCCAAUUCCCAUCGCUUCCCCUCGAAACUAAUUCGAAGCACAAAAUACGAGAGAUAAGAAUCCUAUAUUUUUGAAGAACCUUCUGAAUAGAUAGAAAUGAGUUAUUAUAUCAUGUUAUGUUGAGUACCAAUUGCAAAACUAUAGACUCAAUAUUCUCAUUAAUGCAAAAGAUAAAGUUUGAAAGUUUCUAAACACUGGACUUUUUAUACUACCUAACUUAUAGUACCGGUAUUUUGUCUAUAAGUGGUGAAUCUUAAUAUUAUGAUGGAUCGAUGCUAUUGGAAUGGCUUUGUCAAUACAGAUAAAAUAUCUUUGAGUACUGUUAUUUGAUGAUGCAGUAUUUUAUUUAUUUUGAUGCAUAAUUUUUUAUUUUGGGAAAAAUUACAAUAUUAUUGAGCAUAAUGUGCGAGGGACGUUGUAUAAAGAGACCCUGAAAAUCUAUAACAGAACAUUUAAAAUAAAGAACCGUUUAGAAAUCGGAUUGACUUUGAAACUUUUGAUACAGUGUGACUUCGAGUUUACAGCUGACAGCCUUGAAUAUCGUCUCUAUCUUCUUCCAAAUACAAAAAUCAUGUAAUUAUAAAAUUUAUCAGCAAUGGAAACUUCUGAAACCUGCAUAUGAGUCAAUGUAAUUGUUUGACAAAUGCUUUUCCCAAAGAUCGAAAGUUAGAGUAGCAUUGAUUGAUAUUGAAUGCAAUAUAAAAAUAAGCUUACUCUUUGAAAAAUUUAUAAGCUAUAAAUAUAAAACAUUUUCUCUGCUCUUUAUUUUAAUUGAUACUAUUGUACUCUAAUACAAAUAAACAAGAGAAAAGAAUAAUCAGGAAAAACUAUAACGUUCUAGAAUAAACCCCUUUCAGCCUGCUUACACAAAAGUAAAUAUUAUCCUAAUUGAUAGAUGAUAAUGUUUACAUGAUUUAUGUGAUUCAUUGAAAGAUUUUCCCAUGGCGAAAUGACUUAAAUAUUGCAAUAAAUAAAAUUGCAUCACUACUUGCAUCAAAGUAGCUUAGAUUUUGUAAAUAUGUACAGACCAAAACUGUAGACGAUUUAAGUUAUUGUUUUAAAUAUAAUUUAUGGUAUUAUAAUUCUUCAAUUUGACUUCAUGAAAAAUCAACUACCUAGUGUACAAAAAUAUUAUUGUACCUCCGUUCUUACUUGAUUAUUUUUGAGUUAGAGAUAUUAACCCAAGCUCAAUAGUAAUAUUGAAGGAUGAAAUGAGUUGAAUUUCCUUUUUUUAGUAAGCCAAAAAUUAUUGAUCACUGUUUGUAGAUAGCGAACAGAUGAACAAAUCAAUAAAUUGCUAUGUAAGAUAUUAUCCUAUUUUUCUACAGCGAUUUCUUGUUAAAAAUUCCAGUCACACAUAUCUGAUGUGAUUAUCUCUAUAAAGGGUUUCUGGAAAUCAAUUUCUACAAACAAAAAUUUCGCGUAAUUCUAUUGACAAUAAGAAACCAGAUUGAUGUAGUUAUUCCUAAUGUAUGCUACUGAAAUAUAAAUACCAAUGUACGCCUACUGUAAGGUUUUCUUCAUGGGGUCACUACCUAUAGAAUGUAAAUUCAAUGUGCUACUGUAAAUAGAAUAAAACUGUUAUGCUUGUAAAACUGCGUUUUAUUCAGA